AUGGGUGUACGAGCUGGUGUUGUCGUUUGCAUAACCUCUUUCUUACUCGGUUCACUCUUCACUCAUUGGAUCGCAGACUCUCUGACUCUGUGGAAGUCACCGGUAACUGACGAGCAUUUGUGGACCGCAGCUCUUUACUACUCGAUACUGACCAAAGGUCCCGUACAAAUUCUCUAUGUACUCUUUGGCAUCAUUAUACUUGGCGGAACGACCAUCUUUUGGAGUUUCAAUGAUUUGGAAGCGGGCAACUUGAUGUUUGACGGAGGGAGCAUAUUCCUCUACGGCGUCGCUGCCAUCAUGUACGCGUACUCCGUCAUUCCCAAUCUCAUGGAUAAAUUCACGACAAUUCCACCUCAUCAUAUGAAGGACGCUUUUCCACGUUUACUAAGAACACCUACUCUCGACCUGGCGUCAAACCACCUCGUUUGCAGUGUAGCGCUGACAGGUGUCCUGAUACUUCAGGCUGGUCGGUGGUGGGCUGAACUGGCCGAUGGUGACGAUGAGGAAGGCUACCUUUCUGAAAAAGUUGACGGUGACGUUGGAGAGGAGAAAAAGUCAACAACUCCCCUCGCGGCAACCGCAUGA